AUGGCUCCUACUCAUCCGACUGAUUUUCCCAGCUCCGCUAUUGGGGACCCCAAGACCUGUACCUGCAUAGACGGAAUCAGCAGACAACUCUGUGGACACCGGACCCCUCGUGCGCUCUGGCCCCCCGUGAUGGGGACUGAAGGCCGCACGCUCCGUGUCCUGCUGCUGCUGCAGCUACUGGGCUGCUCCUUGGAAACACCACCCCGUAAGUCGUGCGAGGGGAAGGUGGGGUGGGGCUCUUCUCGAGCCUCCAGCCCCCGAGUGUACUCGGGGGAUAUGAUCCAGGGCUGCUUCCCGCCGCCCAGAACCCCGGACGCCCCGUUAGAAACGCUAGAGCCUCCGGCUCCUUUGCCGAGCUGCCUGCGCCCCGUCCCCGCGUCCCACCCCUUCCGCGCCGCCCUGCGGCUGCCUGGUCCUGGCCCCAGGAUCCUUUCUUUGUGCUUUUCUCGGCCACACGGAUCUCACUCUCUUUGCUACAACUUCACCAUCAUGCUCAAGUCCCCACCUGGACGGUCAUGGUGUGAGGUUCAAGGCCAGGUGGAUGAAGAGCCUUUCUGUCAUUAUGACUGUGGGAACCUCAAGAUGGUGAAUGUCAGUCUCCUGGGGAAGAAGAUAAACGCCAUGAAGGAAGGGGAGGAACAGACACAAACGCUGAGAGACAUAGGGGCAGAGCUGAGGCAGCGAGUGCCUGGCAUUGAACUGGAGAACUACAGCCCCAGAGCCCCUGUCACCCUGCAGGCCAGGAUGUGCUGUCAGCUGGAAGCUGGAGGAGACACCACAGCAUCCUGGCAGCUGGGCUUUGAUGGACAGAUAUUCCUCCAGUUUGAUCCGAAAACCAUGAAGUGGACACAGGUUCAUCCUGGAGGCAGACGGAUGAAGGAGGCCUGGGAGAAGGACAGGGGUCUGAGCAUGUUCUUGAAGAGAACCUCAGAGGGAGACUGCAGACUGUGGCUGAGGGCACUGGGGGCUCACAGGAAGGAGACAUUGGAGCUCACAG